AUGAGUCGAAUGAGUUUAGGUAAGUUGGUUUUUGGCGGGAAAUUUGAAAUUUUCAUGAAAAAUUGUGAAGUUUCACCUGUUUCGGCUUAAAAUGCGUGAAAUGUUGGUUUUUGACAGAAAAUUUGACGGAUUUAGCCUACCUAGGCUUGAUUUUCAUGAAAAUUUGGUUUUUGACGGAAAUACUAUCGGAUUUGACCUACAUGGGCUCCAAAUUUCAUGAAAAACCGAAUUUUGACGGAAAUCACACCGUUUACCUCCUACUUAACAGGUUUUUGGUCUGGGUAGGCGAAUUUCGGUGAUUUUUCUGUCGAAACUUGAAACAGGCAGGCAAAAAAUGGUGUUAUUUUCGACCAAAACCAGAAAAAUGGGGUUCUAACGGAAAAAUCGAUGGAUUUCGCCUACCCAGACCAAAAAAUCACCGGAUUUCACCUACCUGGGCUUAAUUUUCAUGAAAAAUUCAAUUUUGACGGAAAAAUCACCGGAUUUCUCCUACCUGGGCUCAAAAUUCAUGAAAAUUUGGCUUAUGUCGGAAAAAUCAACGGAUUUCGCCUACCCAGACCAAAAAAUCACCGGAUUUCACCUACCCGGGCUUAAUUUUCAUGAAAAAUUCAAUUUUGACGGAAAAAUCACCGGAUUUCUCCUACCUGGGCUCAAAAUUCAUGAAAAUGCGGCCUAUGUCGGAAAAAUCAACGGAUUUCGCCUACCCAGACAAAAAAAUCACCAUUUUUCACCUAUUUAGGCUUAAAUUUCAUGAAAAACUCGAUUUUGACAGAAAAAUCACCGGAUUUCUCCUACCUGGGCUCAAAAUUCAUGAAAAUUUGGCUCAUGUCGGAAAAAUCAACGGAUUUCACCUACCUGGGCUUAAUUUUCAUGAAAAAUUCAAUUUUGUCGGAAAUAUCAAUGGAUUUCACCCACCCAACCCCAUUUUUCGCGCCAAAUUCAAAUUUUCCAGGUUCCGUUCGCCUUCACGAUCUUCUGGAGGCCUCAGAUGACGAAUACGGUUUUUCACGAAAUUCACAACCACGGGUCGAAAGUGCGUUAGAGUGUAGAGAGCAAGAGGAGACGCAGACGACGAGAGAACACCGGAAAAAAGGCGCCAAAUCAAAUAAGGUUUGAAAUUUUUUGAAUUUUCACUUGUUUUUGGCCAAAAAUUGCUGAUUUCACAUGUUUUUUGAUAAGAAAAUCAAUUUUUUAUCAAAAUUUUGCAUUAAAAAUCACAUGUUCCAUAGAAUUCUACAAAAAUUCAAGAAAAAUGUCAGUUUUUUGGCUGAAAAUAUUUUUUCGAGCUGAAAUUAUCGAUUUUUUGCAGGGUUCCGACUCCGAACAUCAUUCCAUAGGUACAAAUGAGGAAAAAGUGAGUUUGUAGGGGAAAUAUGGUGAGAUUUUUGACGUUUUGAGGUGAAAAAUGGGGUUUUUCAUGAAAUUUUGAGUCUGGUAGGCGAAAUUCUGACAGAAACUAGAUUUUCAUGAAUUUUAAGCUAGAGUAGGCAAAAUAUAGUGAUAUUUCGGUCUGGUAGGCAAAAUCCGACGUUUUUUUCGACAAAAAUCCCGAAUUUUUGCAGGAUCAAAGUAAAAUUGGUGUAUUUUUCGACAAGGCCAAAAAGAAGACGCAAAAAUUGGUGACGCGGAAGAAAUCGAGUUCCGGUAAGUGUCCGGAAGCUUUCCGCGCGGAAAAAUUCUCUAAUUUUCAGAAUCCGCGCCUGCCGCAACCACCUGCGACACUUUAUCGAUUUCCGGAUCGGCGAAAUCGCUCGAUUCCACAAGCGGACAAAUUUCGCCCGAUGAAAUUUCGAGAAAAUCGAUGGAUUUUGUGGGAAAUGAGCAGAAAAUGGAGAGAAAAGUGAGUUUUUGACCGAAAAAUUGAUGGAAAUCGCCUACUUUGACCCUUGGUGUCAAAAAUAUCACUAAAAUUUGCCUACCAGACGAAAAUAACACCUUUUCUCGCCUACCUGGGCUCAAAAUUCAUGAAAAUUUGGUUUCUAACGGAAAAAACGCCGGAUUUUGCCUACUAGACCAAAAAUCACCAUAUUUUCCCUUACUUGGCUCAAAAUUCAUGAAAAUUCGGUUUUUGACGGAAAAAUCAACGGAUUUUGCCUACUCUAGGUUGAAAUUCAUGAAAAUUCGGUUUCUGGCCAAAAAACCACCGGUUUUCUCCUACCUGAGCUCAAAAUUCACCAUCCUUCACCUACCACAGGUUGAAAUUCAUGAAAAUUUGAUUGUUGACCGAAAAAAACGUCGGAUUUUGCCUACCUGACAGAAAUUACACUAUAUUUUACCUACUACAGGUUGAAAUUCAUGAAAAUUCCAGUUUUUGUCUGAAAAAUCAACGGAUUUUGCCUACUAGACCAAAAAUCACCAUAUUUUCCCUUACUUGGCUCAAAAUUCAUGAAAAUUCGGUUUCUGACCAAAAAACCACCGGCUUUCUCCUACCUGGGCUCAAAAUUCAUGAAAAUUCAAUUGUUGACGGAAAAACGUCGGAUUUUGUCUACCUGACGGAAAUAACACCUUUUUUCGCCUACUCUAGCUUGAAAUUCAUGAAAAUCUGGUGUCUGACGAAAAAAACGUCGGAUUUUGCCUAUCUGGGCUCAAAAUUCAUGAAAAUUCGAUUUUUGACAGAAAAAAACGUCGGAUUUUGCCUACCUGACCAAGAAAUCGUGGAUUUUUACCUGCUGGACCAAAAAACCACCGGAUUUCACCUACUGUAGCUUGAAAUUCAUGAAAUAUCGGUUUCUGACCAAAAAACCAUCGGUUUUCUCCUACUCUAGGCUAAACUUCAUGAAAUCUGGUUUCUGACAGAAAAAACGCUGGAUUUCACCUACUCUAGCUUAAAAUUCAUGAAAAUUCAGUUGUUGACGGAAAAAACGUCGGAUUUUGCCUACAUGGGCUCAAAUUUAAUGAAAAUUUGGUUUCUGAUGGAAAUAGCACCGUAUUUCACCUACUCUAGCUUAAAAUUCAUGAAAAUUCAGUCUCUGCUAGAAAAAACGUCGGAUUUCUCCUACCUGAGCUCAAAAUACCCCAUUUUCAAUGAUUUUUACCUCAAAAAUCGUCAAAAAUAUCACCGUUUUUCACCUACCCGCCCCAAAACCCCCCUGUAUUUUCCAGCAACCUCUCCUCAUCGAUCCAGCCGAUGCAUCGGAUCCAUUCCUCAUCCAAUCGCUCAUCCACAAAUGUCGCGUUUUGCCGUUUUUCCGCGCCCGAAUCGCAAUAUUCGGCUCACUAGUUGCGCUAACUCUAACCUAUCCGGUUUUUCUGACAGGAUUCUUUUGGGGUAUUUAUAUCACUAUUAUUGGAUUCCUCUAUUUUUUCGUUUCCGAGCCGAAAUCCAAAGAAAAUUUCCUGGAAAAUUCGGACUUGGAUGAGGUUUUGGAAGCCGCGGCCGCGGCCGAGGAUCCGACAUCCUCGACCCCGCCCAAAAAUCAUGGAUUUGGCCUGAGUGACGGUGUGAUUUAUAAGGGUUGGAUGAAUGAAUUGCGGACGCGAUAUUCCCCGCAGGAUUAUCAUGUGAAUUCGGCCACAAGUGUACUUGUCAGACUUGAAGGUAGGCGAAUUUGGGUGGGAAAUUCGGUUUUUUUUGAGCCCAGAAUGUUGAAAAUCGAGGUUUUUAACCUAAAAUUCAUGAAAAUUGGACUAUUUUAGUCAAAAUUUGAAUUUUCCAACCUUCCCGUGUUGAAAGUAGGCGAAAUCCGUUGGUAUUUUUGUCAUUGCUUCAAUUUUUAGAUGAAAAUUGAAUUUCUGACCGAAAUAUCAAUGAAUUUUGCCUACUUGACCUAAAAAUCACCAAAUUUCCCCUACCCCGGGUCAAAUUUCAUUGAAAAUUGAUUUCGGACCGAAAUAUCAAUGGAUUUUGCCUACUCCAAACCCGGGAAAGUUGAAAAAUUCAAAUUUUUAUGGUUUACAACCUAAAAAUCACCAAAUUUCCCCAACUCCGGGUCAAAUUUCAUUAAAAAUAUGGUUUUGACCAAAAUAUCAAUGGAUUUUGCCUACUCCGAACCCGGGAAUGUUGAAAAUUCAAAUUUUUGAUGGGAAAUUCGUUAAAACGUUGAAAAUUUGACCUUACUUAGCCUAAAUUACCUUAAGAACCCUGAAAAGUUAAAUUUUAGGUUGAAAAGCAUUUAAAUUACUCUAAAAUUCCUGAAUUUUCGCUUUAAAUUCAAUUUAAGGUCAAAUUUCCCUUAAGAUUACUCUAAAAAUCCCAGAUUUUCACCAAAAAUUACCCUAAGAACCCUAAAAUCAUCCUAAAAAAUUAAAAAAUUAAAAUUCCAGGUUCAAUGCUCCGAAUCUGCCGCCCAGCAAAAGCCGUCCUAAAACACGCGUUCUACGAUGAUCCAACUCUUAAAUCCAGCCAACAUUCAAUGGUUUCCCAAGUGAUUUAUGACCUUAAAGACGCUAAGGUAUCACUAAGGCCUAAACGAUUAGCGAGAAGAAGAUGGUGGAGUCGAAAAUAUCCGAUUUAUAUUCGAUUCGCACAUUCGAGCAGUUCGCUAGUCGAAAUUGGAGCCAAAAAUCAGGGAAUGGCAAGGUAGGAGUUGUCCGGUGUGAUUUUUGACACCAAAAAUCGUUAAAAUUGACCCAUUUUUACCUAGGGUAGGCAAAUUCCGGUGAUAUUUUUGACAACACCCAAAAAUUUGAAUUUUCAAAAAAAAAACGUUUUCUCAAUGGAGCGCACUUGCAUUUUCUUAUCACAAAAUUUCAAAAAGUAGGCGAAAUCCGUUGAUUUUUCUGGUUUGAAGCUAAAUAUCACUGGAUUUUGCCUGGUAGGGGAAAUCCGAUGAGAUUUUUGACAAAACUAGGUGAAAUUCGGUUGGAAAAAAAGUGUGCUCUAUUGAGAAUCUAGAUUUUUAACGAAAAAUUCAAAUUUUUAGCUAAAGUAGGAGAAAACCAUUGAUUUUUCAGUGAAAAUUCAAAUUUUCACGGUUUUUGGAUUAAGAAUGGCAAAUGCGCUCUAUUGAUAACCAGGAUUUUUCAAGAAAAAUUCAAAUUUUUAGCCAAAGUAGGAGAAAACCAUUGAUUUUUCGGUCAAAAAUGCGAAUUUUCACGGUUUUUGGAUGAAAAAUGGCAAAUGCGCUCUAUUGAGAAUCUAGAUUUUUGACGAAAAAUUCAAAUUUUCAUUUUUUUCUUUCAGAUCAGCUUCAAUGGCUCCAAAUCCGCAAAUUUCCAAUGAUUUUGAUGAUUUCUCAACCGAUGGAUAUUCGCCAGAAACCGAUUCAGAUUCCCCAGAAAAUUUGGCUGAAAAUCCGCGAAAAAUGGUCCGCGCAUGCUCAACUUCUGAUAUUGGGACCAUUAAACAUGGAAAUCCGCGAAAAGUGGCGAAAAAUCGAGGAAAAUCGAUAUUUUUGUUUGUUAGAGCCGCGCGGGAGAAAGAACGAUGGUUUCAUUUGUGAGUUUUGGUUGAAAAUGCUGAAAAUAGAGGUUUUGUAGCUGAAAAUUUGAAAAUUUCACCAAAAAACCAGGUUAUCCAUGGAGCGCACUUGCAUUUUUCACCCAAAAAAUCGAUUUUUCACAAAAUUUAAGCUCAGAAAAUGGAUUUUCUACUGUAAAAAUAGAAUUUUUGCCUGAAUUCAAGUCAAAAUCAUCAAUUUCAGCCUGCAAAUUAAUUUUUGAUAUAAUUUCAAGGCUGAAAAUGAAUAUUUGACCUGAAAUUAAUUUUUGGGGUGUUUUACAGUAGAAAAAUUUGAAUUUUUUCUCAAUUUUUCGAUCAAAAAUGCAAGUGCGCUCUAUUGAAAUCCCCGUUUUUCGUGAAAUUUUGAAUUUUUAGAAACCAUGCCGCAAAAUUGCAAAAGUGGGCGGAGCUUAGGCUUAUUUAGGCUUAAAAUGAUGCUCUUAACAUGAGCAAUGCAUUAUUUGGUAUCAAGUAGAAGCUCCACAAAAACCAUGCCGCAAAAUUGCAAAAGUGGGCGGAGCCUAGGCUUGUGGGGUCUCAAAAUGCUCCAAAAAGUGUGCCCUAGGCUUGUGGGGUAUCAAAUUGGAGCAAUUUUCAAAAUUUGAAUUUUUCCAGGCUCCGCGAAGCGUGUGCUCAAGCCAAAUCUCCGCAAAAUCCCAAAUUUCCGCACUCAAAAUCGUCAAAUUCCCUUCCGGAUGACAUAAAACCGGAUGAUUUAUCGAUUUGCACAUCUGUGGCCAUCGAAGCGGCGAUCGCGGAUUCUCCCGAUUUCAGUGACGCCAUUUUCAAUACUCCGGAAAAGACGCGGAAGGUUCCGCGCGGCUCGGCGCGGAAUGCGGAAUUUUUGAAAUAUCAGAUGAAUUAUGCGGGUUUCGUUAGAGAGAUUGGCACGAUUUUUGGGCCCAAAAUCCCGGAGAGGCCCGAAAAAGGCCAGACAAUUUCGCUGGACUUGGGAAAUAUGAAAUGGCGUGCGGAAAGCGGCGCGGAACACGCGGAAACAUCGAGCCUUGUGGAUAGUUUGAACAUCCUGGCAACCCGCAUUUUUUUCGAUUUUUGUCGCGAUGAAUUUUGGGUUCGACAGGUCAAGCAGAAGAUUCAGGGAAAAUUGGCCACGAUUCAUGUGAGUUUUUCGGGCCUCGGCCUGGAAUUUCGGGCUUUUCGGGCUUUUUUUUCAUGAAAAAUGAUGAAUUUUAAGCCAAAAUUACCCUAGAAUCAAGAAAAAUGACCUAAAAUUCAAAUUUUCAACUUAAAAAUUUGAAUUUUCACGAAAAACGGGUGAUUCUCAAUAGAGCGCACUUGCAUUUUUGACCGAAAAAUUGAGAAAAAUCGAUUUUUCCACACUAAAACACUCCAAAAAUUGAUUUUCAGCCUUAAAAUUUUAUCAAAAAUUAAUUUGAAAGCUGAAAUUGAUGAUUUUGACUUGAAUUCAGGCCAAAAUUCUAAUUUUACAAUAGAAAAUCGAUUUUCUAAGCUUAAAUUUCAUGAAAAAUCGAUUUUUGUACCAGAAAACACUCAAAAAAUUGAUUUUCAGUCAAAAAUUCAAAUUUUUGAGCUGAAAUUCCCCAAUUUCGCAUUUUCCAGUGAGAUUUUUGACAAAAUAGUGAUUUUUUGGGUGAAAAAUGCAAGUGCGCUCCAUUGAGAAGCUGGAUUUCUCACGAAAAAUUCAAAAUUUCAUUUUUUUUUUUGUUCAAAUUGUGAAAAUUGAGCUGAAGCAGGCAAAAUCCGUCAAUUUUUCCAACAAAACAGAGAGUAGGAGAAAACCGAUGAGAUUUUCGACAAAAUUCAAAUUUUUUGGACAAAAAUAGCAAGUGCGCCUCAUUGAGAAGCUGGUUUUUCACAAAUUCAAAUUUUUAGCUAAAGUAGGAGAAAACCAUUGAUUUUUCGGUCAAAAAUUCAAAUUUUCACGAUUUUUUAAUUAAAAAUGGCAAAUGCGCCCCAUUGAUAAUCUGGUUUUCUCACAAAAAAUUCAAAUUUUUAUUUUUUUUUGUCAGAAUCAUCUAAAAUGCUUAAAAUUCUUCAAAAAAUUCAAAUUUUAACUCAAAAUUUCAGGAAAAAUCCAAAUUUUCUCUCUUAAAAUUCCCCCAUUUUUCAGCUUCCAUACUUCAUCGAAAAACUCGAGCUCGGCGAGCUGAAAUUCGGCACAAAAGCCCCACAAUUCACGGCAGUUUACACGCCAAAAAUCGACGAAUGGGGAACUUGGGUGGAUUUUGAGAUGAAAUACAAAGGAGGAAUUCGGCUGGUGCUGCAAACUAGUGUGAAUUUGUUGAAAUUGAAAAGUGGAGCGAUGCAAGUGAAAAAAACCAGGGUGGAAAAAUGGACGGAAGAGGUGACCAGGUAUGUAUUGCUCAGGUUAGGGGGAGCAUUUUGAGCCCAAAUAUGACAUUGCUCAGGUUAGGAGCUUCAAUUUGAUAUCAAAUAGAGUAUUGCUCAGGUUAGGGGAAGCAUUUUGAGCCCAAAUAAGGCAUUGCUCAGGUUAGGGGGAGCAUUUUGAGCCCAAAUAUGACAUUGCUCAGGUUAGGAGCUUCAAUUUUAUAGUAAAUAAGGCAUUGCUCAGGUUAGGGGGAGCAUUUUGAGCCCAAAUAUGACAUUGCUCAGGUUAGGAGCUUCAAUUUGAUAUCAAAUAGAGUAUUGCUCAGGUUAGGGGAAGCAUUUUGAGCCCAAAUAAGGCAUUGCUCAUGUUAAGAGCAUUAUUUUAAGCCUAAAUAAGGUGUUGCUCAGGUUAAGAGCUUUAAUUUGCUAGUAAAUAAGAAAUUGCUCAGGUUAACGGGGUUGUUUUGAGCCAAAAUAUGGCAUUGCUCAGGUUAACGGGGUUUUUUUGAGCCCAAAUAUGAUAUUGCUCAGGUUAAGAGCAUUAUUUUGAGCCUAAAUAUGACAUUGCUCAGCUUAAGAGCUUUUUUUAAAAGAUAUUGCACAUGUCUCUGAAAACCAUGCCGCAAAAUUGCAAAAAAUGGGCGGAGCCUAACCUUAUUUGAUAUCAAAUUAAAGCCCUCUAAAAACCGUGCCCUAAUUUUGCAAAAGUGGGCGGAGCCUAGGCUUGUGGGGUCUCAAAAUGCUCCAAAAACUGUGAAAAAAACUUUUUGCAGAUAUUCCGACUCGUCACUUCCCGAAAGUCCCGAAAGCAGUCCAGACGAGGAUUUUGGCUCGAAAAAUCACCAAGAUGGAAAUCAAAAGGAGCGAACUGGAAAGAAAAUAUUGUCGAUUGUCGAACGCGCGGCACAAAGUGCAUUUUUUCAAAAAGCUGUGAAGCUGCAAGCGGUCGCAAAGGUAGGGCACGGUUUUUUGGAGCAUUUUGAGACCGCACAUGCCUAGGCUCCGCCCCUUUUUGCAAUAUUAAGGCAGGGUUUUUGAAGGGCCUUUUUUUGAGACUAAACAACCCUAGGGCCUGUUUUUUCGGCCUGAGGCGGCCCGGGCUCUCAAACCCUCAUAAAAUACGUUUCGAAAUCCCGAGAUAACAAUUUCCGGUGCAUGGUUGUCUAAUAUGUUGAUAAUACAAAAUUGAAAAAAAAAAGAAACCACUUAAAAUGUCUUAGGUUCUUACUUUAAGUCAUUUUGACGCUAAAUAUGAUAUUGCUCAGGUUAAGAGCUUCAAUUUGAGCCUAAAUAAGGCAUUGCUCAGGUUAGGCGAGUCAUUUUGAGUGUAAAUAUGGCAUUGCUCAGGUUAAGAGCUUUAAUUUGAUAUCAAGAAUAAUCUGCCGUGUUUAAUAUGAGCAAUCCUAAAGUAUGUCAUGUUUAGGCUCAAAUUGAAGCUCUUAAUCUGAGCAAUAUGGUGAAUUUUGGGGUUUUAAUAUGAGCAAUGGUGCUUAGGCUGGAAUUCAUGGUCUUAAUCUGAGCAAUGCGAUUUUUUUUUACUCAAAAUGAGCCCCUUAACCUGAGCAAUCCUAAAUUUACACUCAAAUUGUAGCUCCUAACCUGAGCAAUGUCGUGUUUGGUCUCAAAUUAAUCCCCUUAACCUGAGCAAUCCGAAAAUAUCCCGUGUUUAGUUUCAAAAUGACCCGCUUAACCUGAGCAAUCCAAUUAGAAUGAGCAAUGUGUUGUUGCAGCUAAUCGAAGAUGUCUCAACAACUCCCCUAAUGCUAAACGUUGAAGUUGAAGAGCUCGAAGGUCCAAUGACAUGCAAUAUUCCGCCUCCGCCUUCCGACCGCCUCUGGUACGCGUUCCGCCGCGCGCCAAUCUUCAAAAUCCGCGCGAUUCCGCAAGUCGGCGAUCGAAAUAUCGAUCUAUCCACUGUUUCCGAAUGGAUCGAAACCAAGUUACGACAAGUUCUCGAGAAGAAUCUGGUGUGCCCAAAUAUGGAUGAUAUUAUUUUGCCGGUUUUGAGCGGGAAUCAAUUGUUGCAUAUGGGAUAUAAUAAGUGA